AUGUUCACCAACAAGAGCUUUAGCAACGUCGGGCGCAAGACCGCGCAGAGCAUCGACACGCUGAAGAAGAGACUUGGAGUCGACGCGGAAAUUACCACCAAGCCCACAGUGGCCACCAGAGCACUCUCCAGCUCCGUAUCGGAUUCUUCGUUGCCGACAGGUUCGACCACCUCGACGCAAGACCUCGUGCAGAAGUUCUCGCGAAGAAAGGUCAAAUCCUUUGAGACGAAGCAGGGCAAGGUGGAGGACUCCGUCGAGGUGGCGCCGCUCAGCCCAAGCCAUGUCAGACAGGUGGCUCCUUUGCGCAACACGAGUGCCUUUCGCUCGCUUGGCCGGGAGGAGCUGGACAAACGGAUCAAAAGCGAUGAAGUGCCUCCUGUCGGCAGCUACUCGCCGAAGGACGAUUGCACUGCAGCUCUAAGCCGGGUCAAACAUCCACCUCCUCAUGGCUGCAGCUUCGCGUCUCGCGAGAUCACGCGCAGCCGCAGAAUUGUUCUGGCAGAGCAGCUUCGUGCCCAAGGUCAACCCUAUGAGCAUCUGCUGGACAACCCUGGACGUGAGCUUCCAGAAGGUUUGCCAGAUAAUCCCUUGGCCCGAAAGAAACAGAUCGUUUUUGUAAACAUGUCCAAGCAGCUUCCACGACCAGACCUUACGGAAUCUGCGAACAUCGUUUACCAUGACACUAUAGCAAUUUCUUCAUCGGGCUUUGAGGAAGCUCACAAGAAGUGUGCCAAGUUUGGGAAGUUCUACAGGCAGCCAUGUUACCCAAUCUCCCUGCUACCGCGGUCCGAGAAGACACAGGAAUCCUUCACUCAACCUGGCGAGUUCAAUGUGAACCUCAACUUUGUGAGGCCGAGGUUGGCAGCCAACAUGGAGUUUCGCAAACGACCGGGUCGGAAGGAUCUGCUCGAAUAG